ACACUGCAAAUGGAUGUACACAAGCUGAAUAUCACAUUGCUCCGGAUAUUUCGCCAAGGAGUGGCAGCAGCACUAGGACUGUUACCUCAGCAAGUUCAUAUCAACAGACUCAUUAAGAACUGUGUGGAACUGUUUGUGUCCCCACUGAACCGAAAGCCAGGAAUUUCUGAGGCGCUCCCAUCUGAAGAAGUGCUUCGUUCCCUUAAUAUCAACAUUUUGCAUCAAAGUUUAUCCCAGUUUGGAAUAACAGAGGUCUCCCCUGAGAAAAAUGUUUUGCAAGGCCAGCAUGAAGCAGACAAAAUCUGGAGCAAAGAAGGAUUUUAUGCGGUUGUCAUAUUUCUCAGCAUCUUUGUCAUUCUAGUAACUUGUUUAAUGAUUCUGUACAGAUUAAAGGAGAAGAUCCAGCUGUCACUGAGACCAGAGAAGGAAAAGAAGCAGGAGAUCCACCUCUCACCCCUUCCCCUGCCAACAUCUCAGUCUAAGACCACCAGCAGCAUGGUCCAGCCUGAACAGGCUCCAAAGGUUGUCAAUGUUGUAGUGGACCCUCAAGGCCAGUGUGUUCCUGAGCUCAAACCUCCCCUGUGUGCCAGUCCGUCUCCUUUCAGAAUGAAACCUGUGGGGCUUCAGGAAAGACGAGGAUCCAAUGUCUCACUGACUUUGGAUAUGAGCAGUUUGGGAAGUGUUGAGCCUUUCAUCACUGUGCCAACCCCACGAGAAAAGGUAGCAAUGGAAUACCUACAGUCAGCUGGUCGUAUCCUCACACGGCAGCAGCUUCGAGAAGCGGUUGCAUGUUCUCAUUUACUUCAAACAGAAUUCAUGGAAAUACCAAUGAAUUUUGUGGAUCCCAAAGAAAUUGACAUCCCGAGUCAUGGAACUAAAAACCGCUAUAAAACAAUUUUACCAAAUCCUCUAAGCAGAGUGUAUUUGAAACCAAAAAAUCCAUCUGACUCCCUGAGUACCUACAUAAAUGCUAACUACAUUAGGGGAUAUGGAGGUAAAGAGAAGGCUUUCAUUGCAACUCAGGGACCCAUGAUUAAUACCGUGAAUGAUUUCUGGCAGAUGGUUUGGCAAGAAGACAGCCCUGUCAUUGUUAUGAUCACAAAGCUGAAAGAAAAAAAUGAGAAAUGUGUGCUUUAUUGGCCAGAAAAAAGAGGAAUCUAUGGGAAGGUGGAAGUCCUUGUUAACAGUGUGCAAGAAUGCAAGAACUAUACUAUCCGUCAGCUUACAAUAAAGCAAGGGAGUCAGUCCCGGAGUGUGAAACACUACUGGUACACAUCCUGGCCGGACCACAAAACCCCUGACAGUGCUCAGCCUCUGCUGCAGCUCAUGCUGGAUGUAGAAGAGGACAGGGUGGAAUCACCGGGCAGAGGGCCUGUCAUUGUGCACUGCAG